AUGGCCGAGCUUCUGGGGCAGCCUCCAGACCUCCCACCCACCCAGCUCUCCAGCCCAGUCUUCGCCACUGCACCCGCCGUGUGCGGGGCGGGGACGCGAGCCAUGGAGGAGACGCCUCCCCCAGGCUGCAGCAAGCCACACCUGGAGAAGCUGACCCUGGGAAUCACCCGCAUAUUAGAAUCUUCCCCAGGUGUGACAGAGGUGACUAUCAUAGAGAAACCACCUGCUGAAUGUCACAUGAUUUCUUCAUGGGAACAAAAAAAUAACUGUGUGCUACCUGAGGAUGUGAAGAAUUUUUAUCUGAUGACCAAUGGCUUCCACAUGACAUGGAGUGUGAAGCUGGAUGAGCACACCAUUCCGUUGGGCAGCAUGGCAAUUAACAGCAUCUCUAAACUGACUCAGCUAACAAGGUCUUCUGUGUAUUCACUCCCUAAUGCACCAACUCUGGCAGACCUGGAGGAUGAUGCACUUGAAGCCAGUGAGAACCAGCCAGAGAAGCCUCACUUUGAUUCUCACAACGUGGUAUUUGAGCUGGAUCCUUGCAGUGGGAAUGGGAAGGUUUGCCUUGUCUACAAAAGAGGGAAACCAAUGUUAGCACAAGACACUGAGAUCUGGUUCCUGGACAGAACAUUAUACUGGCAUUUUCUCACAGACAACUUCACUGCUUACUAUUGCCUGCUCAUCACGCACCUGGGCCUACCGCAGUGGCAAUACACCUUCACCAGCUAUGGCAUUAGCCCACAGGCCAAGUAGUGGUUCGGCAUGUAUAAACCCAUCACCUACAACACAGACCUACUUGCAGAAGAGACCAACUCCUUCGUGAACAAGCUGGAUCCCAGCAAAGUGUUCAAGAGCAAGAACAAGACCUUAAUCCCCAAAAGGCCAGUACCGCCUGCACGUGGCCAGAAAGGACCCCCAGGUCCUCCCUCCACCUCUAAAUCCUCUUCUAGCCCUGGAAACCCUGUCUGGAAAUGA